AUGUCAGAUCUUCUUUCCAUGGACCAAAAAAAAGUCAAAGACCUGGUUCUUUCUCGACUGCGUGAAGAUGCCUAUGUCAAGGUGGCUGGUGUGGACGUUGAUGGUAUUUUGCGGGGGAAAAUUAUUUCCCGAGCAAAAUUCCUCUCUGUGGUUGACGCCGGAUUUGGCUUUUGCUCAGUCAUUUUUGGCUGGGACAUGCAUGACAAAACAUAUGCCCACCGCUCUGCCAUCUCUAAUGAAGAAAAUGGGUUUCGUGAUAUGCUGGCCAUCAUUGACUUGACUUCAUACCGCAGAAUCCCAUGGGAGUCUACCAAUGGCCGUUUAAGAGGUGGCUCCAAUGAAAUGCCCUUCUUCCUUGUCCACUUUUGCGACCCAGAAACUCAUGCUCCCAUUGCCCCUGAUCCACGAUCCCUCCUAGCCACCAUGGCUUCAAGAAUUGCAGACUCUUCUGCCUUUAAAGAUCUGAACCCAAUCGCUCCCUUUGCUGGAAUGGAGUUUGAAUUUUUCCAAUACCGCGAAACACACGACACUAUUUAUCAAAAGCGUGGGUUGGGCCUAACCCCGCUGACUCCAGGCAUGUUUGGAUACUCGGUGGCACGAUUGGGACUUAACAAGGAGUACCAACGUGAAAUGCUUGAUUCAUGUGAAAGCUUAGGAGUCGGCCUCGAAGGUUGGCACACAGAAACUGGGCCCGGUGUAUUUGAAACAGCAAUUGGGUACUGUGACGCACGCAGACUGGCAGAUAAUGCUACUCUCUUUAAAUUUGCCGCCAAAACAAUUGGUGCACAAUAUGGAAUUAUGCCGUGCUUUAUGGCCAAACCCCAACAGGGUCUACCGGGAAACUCGGGACAUAUUCACGUGUCGCUAAUGGAAUCGAUUCAAAAUGAAGAUAAAUCCAUUACCAAACGCAACUUGUUUACCCGUACAGAACGUGAUACUAAUGCCGCAUGGCCUGACAUUGAAUACCUUAGUGAUAUCGGUCGUCAUUUCCUUGCCGGUGUGCUGGCCGGUCUCCCAUGGGUAAUGCCGUUGUUUGCUCCAACCAUUAAUUCCUACAAGCGCUUGGUGGAAAACUUUUGGGCCCCAGUUACAGUUUCUUGGGGUCUAGAGCAUCGCGUGGCCAGUAUUCGUUUGAUUUGUGACCCUCAGUCACCCAAAAGCACACGGUUUGAGGUGCGCACGCCUGGUGCAGAUGUGCAACCCCAUUUGGCUUUGGCUGCCAUUUACGCGCUGGGUUUGCGCGGUAUUGAAGAAAAACUUGAGCUCACUAUUCCUCCCAUGGGUGCUGGUAAAAUUGAUCCCUCUCAGUUUGAGCGGCUGCCACGGUCACUCCGAGCAGCUACUGAACGGUUUAUGGCCAAGGAUUCGCUUGCACGCGUUGUUUUAGGUGAUGACUUUGUAGAUCACUAUGGAGCCACUCGUUUACACGAAUGCCGUGAGUGGGACGAUGCUGUGACCAAUUGGGAGGUGGAGCGAUACAUUGAGACUAUAUAA